AUGCAGCUCAUUCCCGAAAUUAUGGAAGAACGAGACAAUCUCCCCGGCGGUGCGCGGCGUCCGCCCGGUGAGGCAGCUGAGGUAGGAGGACAGUGUCAGCAGGGGAUCGUCGCCGCCGCAGCUGGGAGAGAGGAUGGUGGAAAUAUGCUUGCCAGUUUCGUGAGUUGCAGGCAAAUCACUGUGCUUGAAUCCCAUGUUGACACGGCUCUUGAGGCAGAUGUUGCACGGGUCGAAGGGGUGAGUCUUAAAGAUGGAGUCGGGGGCGUCAGUCAGGAAGGCCUGGAGUGGGGACUUGGGAGAAGAUAG